CCUAAAAAUAAAUAAUUAAAAUCACUUUUUAAAUACUUGCAUUUUUUUUACCUUGGUUUUAAAGUAAUUAUAAUCAUGUCAUCUGGUAAAGAUUCAAAGCAGAAGAAAGAUUUAAAAGAUAAUGAAAAGAAGUUUGAUCUUGGAGCUUUAGAAGAAGAUGAUGAUUUUGAAGAGUUUCCAACAGAAGAUUGGACUGAAAAGAAUGAAAAUGCAGAAGAUCUUCAUGUCUGGGAAGAUGACUGGGAUGAUGAUAAUAUUGAAGAUGACUUUUCUCAACAACUAAGAGCCGAAUUGGAAAAACACGGUCACGUCAAAAAGUAAAGCGAUAUAAAAUGUGUACUUAACUUUAAAAAUUCAACGUCUUUUUUAACUUUGAUGUUUCUUAGAUAUUUAUAAAAGAAUCUGUUAUGUAUA